ACGAAAUCACAAAUAUUGGCAGCCAGUUCAAACUCAUCACGGUUUACUCGAAGCCGUUGGCAACGGAAGAAGAAAUCAGAAAUAACGCAUACGGGACACAGUUGUGCGAUCGUUGAAUUAUCAUUUUGAUAGGUUGCUCGUAUAGCGUGAUUUUAGUUGUGUCCUCUGACAAUUUUGAAUUCAUUUCUGUUUUCAGUUUUCAUCAUCCUUUGUCAUACCGGAGAGAGUAGGAGAGGAAGUCUUUCGCUUUUUUGCUGAACACGCACGACAGCAGACCGGAAGUCUUAAGUUUUCUCGCUAGACACACGACAGUGGCGCUCAGAGAUCACGUAUCGUCGCUGCCAUCGUUAUCGCCAACAUGUCUUUGCUUAAGAUGCCGCUUGGAGAACUAAAUCCUCACUUGAUGUGUGUAUUGUGUUCUGGGUACCUUGUAGACGCAACAACGAUUAUCGAGUGCCUGCAUUCUUGUAAGUUCACACUGUUUACAAACUGAUUUAUUUUAAUCGUCGAUUCUUGAAUGUCUUUGAUAGCCAAUAAAAAUUAGCUGUGCAAGCAUCUGGUUGAGGUUUGUAAGUAAAGGGGCGCUUGUUGCAAUUGUUCAACUCCUAUAGCUGAAUUUUGAAUAUUACGUUUAAUUAUUUAUGUACUCUCUCGUGAGAUCUAGCCGUCUAAAAUAUACGUUCAUUUCUUUCUAAAAUUUCUCAAUAAGUUUAAAGUAAUGCAAUCCAUACAGACGUUCCAUAAGUCCAUAAUAUAUUGUGUUUACUUUGUGAGUUUCACGGUUAGAGCUGACAAAGUAUUAAUUUUUGUACCUUUUUUUUUCUGUAGUUUGUCGUAGCUGUAUCGUUAAAUAUCUCCAGACAUCGUAUCACUGUCCUGUCUGUGAUGUUGAGGUCCACAAAACCAAACCACUGCUUCAUAUAAGGUGAGUAACUGUAGAAGACGCUUUGUUUGAAUUUUUCCCAAACUACCCUAGGACUGUCCAAGCAGAUAAAUAUAUAAGAACUUAACGACGGAAGUCCUCGCUUCGGUCGUACGUAGACUUUCACCUUUGCGGUCCGUUUUUUCAUUCCUGUUUAAUUGCAGCAUAAACAAUCUAUCAUCCGAAAAAUAAAAAUUAUGAAUUGUGUGGUUAAUUUUCAGCAAUGCGAUAAAACACGUUGAAUAAAGGGUUGUGAUCAAAAAGGACUGCAAUAAAUUUAUCUUAUCAGACGUUUUGGUGUGUAGCAUCGCUGAGUAAUUUUUAGGAGUUGUGUAGUAUUUUGACAAGCCCUUAGGGCGAGUCAAACUACAAACAACGAGUAAAAAUACUCAGCGAUACCACAAAGCAAAACCUCUUAUAAGUUAGUUAUUUAUUAUACAUCUGCUUUUUUUUUCUUCUAAGUCUUUCUGCUCAUUUCUCCAAAUAACCGUACAUUAUUAUCCAACUGCACAAAGUAGAGUACAAAUAACGCGCGAAUGGAAUACAAAUAUCCUGCGAUACUGUACGGUUAUUUGAACAGUUGGUUAUUUCGUACUGUAAAAAAACCUGUUUACCAUUCGGCUGCACGCGCUACGCCUCUCUAUCCGCUUUUCUUUUCCCGCCUUAUGAGAAAUGAACAUAGAGACUUCGCAGAAAAAAAGCAGUUGAAUAACAAAUAACUUAUUAGACGUUUUGGUGUGCAGUAUCGCUGAGUAUUUUUAUGAGUUGUGCCCUAUUUUUUACUCGCCCUGCAGACUCGUCAACAUACGGUACAACUCGUAAAAAGUACUUAGCGACACUACACACCAAAACGUCUAAUAAGAUAUAUUUCAAAGCGGUGAAACUCAGCAAUCGUUGUUCAAAUUCAGAAUAACUAUGCCUCAGCAAAUCCUGGAUUUUUCUCACCCUGAUCCGUAGUAGUAGUAGUUCAGCUGUAAAACUCUUGACAACACAAAUUUUGCUCGAAAUAGUGGGGUGUACAAAAUAUCGAGGGUUGGGCUUUCAAACGAUAUAUUUAGUGUACGCGAAAAAUAGAAGCUCGAGAUGUAAUUGAAGAUAGAGGGUAUUACAGUGUUUUAAUCCCUCUUUCUCUGUCUUCUAUGCCAUGGAAGACCCGACCGACCGCUUCAGGAAAUUGUGAACAAGCUUGUUCCAGGAUUAGUAUAUGGUAAGAAGGAUUAUUAUAUAAAUUAUUAUCCAACUUCACAAAGUAGGGUACAGAUAACGCGCGAAUAGAAUACAAAUAUCCUGCGAUAUUGUACGGUUAUUUGGACAGUUGGUUAUUGUGUAAUGUAAAAAAGGCUGUUUAACCAGUCGGCUGCGCGUGCUACGCUUAUCUAUCCACUUUGCUUUUCCCGCCUUAUGAGAAAUGAACAGAAAGACUCAGCUGAAAAAAAAAGCAGUUAUAUAAUAAAUAACUUAUCAGACGAGUUGUACCGUAUUUUGACAGCCCGUACGUAGGGGGAGUCAAAAUACAAACCACGUGUAAAAAUAUUCAGCAAUACCACAAACCAAAACGUCUAGUAAGAUAUAUAUAUUGUAAUGGCAGUAAAGUCUCAUGGACGGCGACAGGCCUUCUCCAUCGAUCAGGGAGAGAGGAAUCUGAGCACAAGUCUUUGCAUAGCGGUUUAAUCGAGAAAUAUUUGUUGAGCGCUUUAUGAUUGAGUGGCGUAAAAACAAACUGAGGUAAACACAGCAGCCAGCCAGAACUAGAGAAAAUAUCAAAGAUAAUCAAACCGUUUGAAGUGCUAGAAAAAUCUAGUGCUCAAGUUACAAUUGGUUUUAGUUUUGAUUCUGAUUGGUUAAAAAAGUGGUGCGAGUUUCCUGGACCAAUCAUUGGUUUUACUUCCUUUCGCUAUGUGAUUGGUCCAGAAACUCGCACCAUGAUUCUCUCAACCAAUCAGCUGCAAAUCUAGAAACAAUCGAAACUUGGUCGCUUCCGUUUUCCCACGCUUCUCUUUAUUUCGCAAGGAAAUCAAAUCUUGUUCUUGGUCAGCACUCUCGGGAAAAUUUGGAACAAAUCAGCACAUCUACAUACCACAUACCUGCGAGCUUAAGCAAUCUGUCUAACCUUAGAGAGGUAUUUCCUUAAUCAAAAGUAACGAGACAGUAAAAAAGUUAGUAAGAGAAAUCUUACUGUUUUUUAUCUCAUUUUGUCAUAUUACAGACGAAUUCAGUCGCCGUACAAAAUUCGAAGACAAAAUAGAAGAGGAAAAUUCUACAAACGAAGGUAAGAAGACCACACAGUUAAAUGCAUGGAGAAAUUUGUUGAAAUUCGUUUAACAUUAAUCUUAUGUUAGAUACAUUUAAUUUUUGCAAACGGUUCAUUGCUAGGGCAAGUUAAUCCGCCCGGAUUGCUAAUACCGUGCUUUGAAAAACUCGGCCCUGGAGCUGACUCCUCCAGAGUCCACACACCUUAACUGUUGAGGCAACAUUGUUUUUAAAUGUAAAUCUAAGAAUAAUCUCUUGAUAUCUUUAUUGUAAGAGUAUUUAAAUUGUCAAUAUCUUGAUCUUGAAUGUAAUAAGCACAACAUCGCCAGAAGAAUUAAAUCAUCAAGGGCAGUUGAAACAAGAUACUUAGAAUUUUUACGAGCUGAGCAUCGAUACUCUCCUUAUUCUCUAAGUAUAUGCUUAGAACCUUCUUAUUUCUUAUGUUUUCAUAAACUUUUAUUUUCAAUCAAUACAAUCUUGACAGGUGAAACUGGGGUAGCGACAACUGAUUGUGAAACGAAAUCAAAGAACAACGCAGAGGUGAAGAUGGAAGAUCCUAUGUUUAUCACUUUGGAAUAUUACAGGUCAGUUUAUAUCAUGUUCUUGUGUCUAUAUUUAAACAACAUCCUCUAUUUAGUGCGAAAAUAUAUACGGAUAUCUGUUCGCGGAUUUAUCUGUUCCAAGAUGCGAACAGUUUUCCGAGAGCGAAGCUCGAGGAAAACUGUGAACUUUGAGGAACAGAAAAGAGGCUAUUGUGUUUAUUGUCUUUCUAAAAUUUUGAAACGCGCGUGAAAAAUAUUGACUAACAGCUUAAAGUAUGAAGCAUGGGCUGUUUUCUUUUGAGUGUUCUAUGCUACGACUUAAUGAACAAAAAAAGAUUUCUCUUCUGUGGCAACCACAAAACUCUCUCUCGUUUUGAAUUAAAUUUGAAACGAAGACUUAUCGUAGUGGACGUUAAGUUUAAAAUGUUUGGGAGUAUCGCUUGGGUGAUAUUCUAGGAUAUCGCCCACUUUCAGCAUGGGGAUAUUUGGUCACGUGCUGUGUUUAGACCAUCACGUGCGAGCAAAAAUGUUUGAUGGAUCAUAGUUCUGUUACGGCUGUCUAAAAACGUUGGUGAAAGUGAUAAAGAGCCCAGGAAAAUAAUGAGGCUAACAGCAACAAAGAGUCACCUGAUUAAGCUAGUUUACUCCCUCGGAGAAGGGGCGAUCAAAAUUUGCUACCGUAAACUUCAAGUAGUACUGCGGUUUUCAUUUCCAACUUUUGGUAAAAUAAAAGAAAGAAAAAGAAGAAAAAAUAAAGAUAUGAUGGGAGAUAAAAAAAAAAACAACGCUAUCUCUGAUUAUGAGAGUGUAAAUUCAAGCUACAAAUUCAAGAGUGUGCUAUUGAUUAUAACUUACUUUCAUCAUUUCCUCUUUUUGUUAUUCAACAGGCGUCAAAAAAUCUGGAAUGAACGCCAGGUUUGUUUUUACUUUCUCACGUACCAUUCUUUGACUAUCAGUUUGAUCGCAAUUGGGGACACAGCGCUUCAUUGCACAGCGCCUUUACAGCUCACGCCCUUUAGAGCGCACGCAAACAUGAACUCUUUCGUUGCAUACGAAAUACCGCAAGAUUUGCGAUGAUGUAUGUGGAAUUCUAGGAAGCUACCUUACGACAUUUCAGGAAAAUUAACAAAGGGGUGCGAACAAAGCGAAACAGCGCGGGCGGCGGCCUUGAAGUCCUAAGCUGACAUUUCUUGGGACAAAGAGAAUUUCAGUUUAAAUGUAAUACGUAACUCCAGAAAAGAAUCGUUUGCCUGAGUAUAAAGGCAAUAGAACAGAAGAACGAGGAUGAUAUAGUAUGGUGAUCUUUAAAAAGAAUUAAAAUUUACGACCUUGAAACUUUUACUUACAUUUGUGGGCAUAGACAUUCAUUGAUGCAGCUCCUUCAAAACUAAUUGACUGACUGAAAAACGAGAGACAAUGUUUGACCGUAUUUAUUCAAGUUAUGUUCAAAACAACGAUUGUCUUCUAAUUGUUAUCAUCAAACGGCAAAGUACGUUUUUGUAUGAUGUCUUUCUUUUUCCUCCUCAGAUCUUUCCGACUCGUUAUCUCAGAUGUCCGUCUGCAGUGACUGUCAACGUAUUGAAAAAAUUCCUUGCAAUGAAGUUUGCCAUCCCUAACACACAUCAGGUUAAUAAGUAAAUUAGUGAAUAAGUAGAAACAGAUGAAAAGAUAGAUGAAGUAAGGGGUAAGAUAGUAUAGAAACUUUGGUGCUGCGUCAGUUGGGGGGGGGGGUGGUAUUACGUGUAAUUUGGUUUUAUCAACUGAGUUUAUAAUGUAAAUUGGCGCUCGAAACGUCAGCUUUGAAACUCUUUAAGGUGGCCAACUUACAUUAUCAACUCAGUUGAUAAAACCAAAUUGUAUUUAAAGACGGAUUGACUGAUUGAUUGUCUAACGGACUGAUUGACUCUUCGACUGAUUGGCCCAUCUAUGGAUCGAUUCAUUUUGCCAAUUUUUUUCAGGCUGAACUUGUUCGUUCAGACGAGCUUCUUGACGACUCAUUGACGAUGAAGGAAGUUUCGCAAAUAUAUGGACUCUACUCGAAAGUAAGAAGACUCAGCUAGUUCAUCAUGAUUUACAGCUACACUCAUUUUAGCGUAUUCAGCACCUCAUACCACACAAAAUUUCAGCAUUCUUCUAUAUGACCGAAGAAUGGCCAAAAAUUUACAGCUAAGUGCGGUUCCAUAUAGGUAUAGCGCUAUUUGUGGACGAUCUUUGAUUUGUAGACUGUUAGACACAUAAAUACUGUUGUUUAAUUUAUCUUAUGCCAUAGACUCGAAUUUUUUUAGCCAAUUUUGAUUUCCAUGUUCUUUUGUUUCAAUAUAAAAACCUUGAACAUGUAGCAUAAAGCAAAACUUAAAACUCACUGAACCAAUAGAUCAACAUCGCAUAUCAAAAUACGUCUGAAAAUGUAUUUAAUAUCGCUAUCUUUGCGGUUAAUGCUAACCAACCAUAUUUUAUCGCUAAAAACAAAAAACAGCAGGAUGGUAUUAUACAAUCAACAUCUUUGUUCCUUGUUUGAAAAUUGCGAAUGAAUUCUUAACCUCGGCUGUUCGUGAAUGGCACAAUAUCUUAAAUUUUUCAGUUUCUUUUGUUCCCUCGUUUUUCUCACUGAUGGCUAAAUCUAAAUAUUACUGUGUUGCAGUCUUUCCUAGAUCUCCAGUACUCUUUCUUAGACGUUUGUAAGGAGGAUACCGAAACAAAGGUGAAAGAACCGCCAAGGAAAAAACUUAGAACAUGCAACGAAGAUGGAGAUGAAACAAAAGCAAGCGAACAUUUUGUUGGGGCACAAACCAAACAGUUGAUUAUGGAUGAAAAGGGAAAGGAUUCCCAACAGCCUUUUACAAGGCUUGAAAAGGAUAGUCCCGUACAACAUUCUCCGGAGGGUGUCAUUUUACCAACAUUUCCUGAGACUCCUCCAAGUUUUGAAGUUGAUCCCGAGGAAGAAGAAACGCCCGUACCAGUUUAGAACUUGCGAACUCAGUUGCCCGUUGUUUGCCUGUGUACGCUCAUGUGAACGCAUUGAGACCGUGAAAUAAUUUUUCGUUCGACGAUCGAAAUCAUUCCCCCUACAGUCUCUCAAGAAAGCUAAGUUCAAAGGGAGUCAAAUCUGUGUGGGGUCUCCAAAUCGGCUGGGUAAAAAUAUUGUGUUUCCAAUAACAGAGGUUUCCAAAGGAAUCUCUAAGUUUGGUUGAAAGGUAUCCUUGAAAAGAACAGAGAACUGAUCUCUCUCCUGUUUUACGCAACAAUUGAUACGCUGCUUUUAGUGUUAAAAGACAAGUAGGUGAAAAAGAGUUUUCUUGAACGUUUCGAGCGUUAGCCCUUCGCCAGAGCGAAUAACGAAGGCGUAACGCUCGAAACGUCAGGCCAAUUUUCGUUAACAACUCAGUUGAUGAACCAAGUUCUCCUGUUAGUACCUUUCUUUAUCGUGAUUAUCCAAGCUUCUGGAAUGUUACAACCACAACCACAACCACAACCACAAUAGGAUCCCUGUUUAUAUUUUAGCACACAAAAGAAAUGUGAUUUAUGAAAGCUGACCGCUAGACCACCAGAGCCUCAGCCAAGAGAUGUAGUCUGUCUUCAGGCGUGCACCAUUUUUUUCUUUGUAAGAGCCUUUUUUUACAUGAACAUUCAGGCUGAGAUUAGCCAAAAUUUCAAGAACACACUAAGAACAUUACUAGGCUGAGAGUCAAUUUUUAUUUCGCUCUUUCUUUUGGUUGAAAAGUAUAAAUUAAAUUAAAAGAAAUGUAAACAAAACAAGACAAGUAACUCAAAUACAUAAGGACAUCUUUUAACAUUGAUGUAUUGAAAUACGGCUAUACCAUACAACUUUAAGAAUAUAUUAAGAACAUCUUCAGGCUCAAAUUGUAAAAAAAUAAAGGAUCUUCAGCGCCAGUCCCCAUGUUAGACGUUAAAUAGAUUGUGUUACAAGAAGGCUGGUGAACUUCCUUGGGAAGAAAAGAAAGAAAUAAGAAAACCUAUAAGAGUGAAAAACUAACUGACUAAGUUAUUUUAUUUGAAUAAUGAAAAAGGCUCCAAUGUUUUGUAAUGGUUACCACAUGUGGAUCAAUAUCAGUAUCUGGGCAACUGCCCACCUACCCCUCCCCUAACCCAAC